GUGUAGAUGGGAGCGCGUCCAGCUCCCCGGGCUCCAUGCGGCUGACCUCUCGGCAAGGCCUGGGAGCCACUCUCUUGGAUCCCGGAUUUUCCCGACGGAUUAAACGUGGCCUUCCCCUCCCUCCCGCCUCCGUAACAGACUUAAAAAUAGCUCUUCCCGGGGGCGCUGGGGAGAGUCUCCACCCCUGUCUGGGCGAGGUGGGGCGGCCGUCCGGGAGCCGGCGGCGCGAGACCCCGGGCCUCCAGCUGCUGGCGCGGAAGGCUCGGUUGCCCGCGGGCGCGCCGUUCGGCCGCACCGGGGUGGGCGCGCCGGCUCUGUCCCCGCCGGGGAGGGCGUCCGGGCUCCCCGCUCCUGGGGGUGCAUCCGCGGCCCGCGUGGCGCCGGGCGUUCCGGGAACGGCCUCCCGGCGGUCGGGGCGGUGUAGCGCGCCGGGAGGCGGGGCCGGGGCCACGCUGGGGAGCCCGCGCCCCCGGACCUCUGCCGGCCCCGCGGGCUCCGGCGGCCCCCAGAUGUGGGGAAGGCAGUCUGCUGAUGCCUGGAGAAGCACAGUGUGACUGCCCUUUGGGGUGUGUGGUUUCCAGGUAACCUGCCGCACUCUCCCUGGGCUUUGUCUCCUGCCAUCCUAACCUGGACUCCAGCUGCGGAGUUGCGUCCUGUUCAGCUAAGCUCUGCGGAGAUAGAGGGAAUUUCAGGUCCCCGGCACUGAUCCUGUUGUGAUUUGCUGUAAAGUUUUAGUUCUUGCAGUUUGGUCAAGAAAUCUCAGGUCCUCUCUCAGCUCCUGUGCCUGCUGCCGUGGCCUUGGUGGCACCCUCCCUCGAUGGUCGGUCCAGGGCUUCCUCAGCCCAUGCAGUCCCCGGCUAGCCCUGCUGAAGGCCUCAGUGGCUCCCUCUUUGGGGCCUACCCGCUCCCUACCUUCAAGUUCCAGCCUCGCUCUGAGAGCGUGGACUGGAGGCGCAUUAGCGCCCUGGACGUGGACCGCGUGGCGCGGGAGCUGGACGUGGCCGCCCUGCAGGAGAACAUCACUGGGGUCACCUUCUGCAAUUUGGACCGGGAGGCGUGCAACCGCUGUGGGCAGCCCGUGGACCCGGUGCUGCUCAAGGUGCUGCGCUUGGCCCAGCUCAUCAUCGAGUACCUGCUGCACUGCCAGGAUUGCUUGAGCGCCAGCGUCGCCCAGCUGGAGGCCCGGCUGCAGGCCAGCCUGGGCCAGCAGCAGCGCGGCCAGCAAGAGCUGGGUCGCCAGGCUGAUGAGCUCAAGGGCGUGAGAGAGGAGAGCCGCCGGCGUCGCAAGAUGAUCGGCACCCUGCAGCAGCUGCUCCUGCAGACAGGGGCCCACAGCUACCACGCGUGCCACCUGUGUGACAAGACAUUCAUGAAUGCCACCUUUCUCCGGGGCCACAUCCAGCGCCGGCAUGUAGGUGCGACAGUAGGAGGGAAGCAGAAGCAGCAGGAACAGCCAGUGGAGGAGGUGUUAGAAGAGCUGCGGGCCAAGCUAAAAUGGACCCAAGGGGAGCUGGAAGCCCAGAGGGAGGCGGAGAGGCAGCGGCAGUUGCAGGAAGCAGAGAUCACCCGUCAGAAGGAAAUAGAAGCUAAGAAAGAAUUUGAUGAAUGGAAAGAAAAAGAGCGGGCCAAGCUAUAUGAGGAAAUAGACAAGCUAAAAAAAUUAUUUUGGGAUGAAUUUAAAAGUGUUGCCAACCACAACUCUAUGCUAGAAGAGAAACUGCAGGCGCUGCAGUCCCACAGGGUGAUGGAGUCCAAUCUCGGGUCACUGCGGGAUGAGGAGUCUGAGGAGCGACUCAGGCAGACUCAGGAGCUCCGGGCCCUGAGGGAGAAGAUGGACAUUCAGAAAGCAGAAUGGAAGAGAAAAAUGAAGGAACUUCAGGGAGAGCAUGCAGCUCAGAAGCAAGAGCUGCAGGAGCAGAACGAGAGGCUCCAGGCCUCCCUGUCUCAGGAUCAGAGGAAAGCAGCUGCCCAGUCCCAGCGCCAGAUCAGUGCUCUCCACGCCCAGCUCCAGGAACAAGCCAGGCUCAUCGCCUCCCAGGAGGAGAUGAUCCAGACCAUGUCUCUCAGGAAGGAGGAGGGGACCUGCAAGGGCCCAAAGGCUGUGGACAUAGAAGAGGACUCUUCCGAGGAAGAUCUGGAGGACUCCAGAGAUGGACAGCAGAAGGUGCUGGCUGCUCUGAGGCGAAACCCCACCCUGCUGAAGCAGUUCAGGCCAAUCCUGGAGGACACCCUGGAAGAGAAACUGGAAAGCAUGGGGAUAAAGAGAGAUGCAAAGGGAAUCCCCUUUCAAACCCUCAGACACCUUGAGUCCCUCCUGAGAGCCCAGCGGGAGCAGAAGGCACGGAGGUUUUCUGAAUUUCUGAGUCUAAGGGAAAAGCUUGUCAAGGAAGCCACCAGCAGAGUGAAGGAGAGACAGAGAAACAGGGCCCCGGCGUCCCAGCCAGACACCAAGGCUCCAGUCAAAACCCAGCAGAACCCACUGGUCAUCAAAGAGGCCCAGCCAAAGGCCAGGACCCUGCAUGUGGCGUUGCCAUCCAAGCUGGCAGAGCCACCCACGACGACUCUUCAGAGCUGCGGCAGCCAUGGCCCUGGCCUGGCUCACGUGCCCACCCCUGCUCCACGUCCCAGAGCACAUGGACCCUCUGGCACCCCUGCUGCCCCAGGGCCUGGGCUGAGUACACCCCCGUUCAGUUCUGAAGAGGACUCGGAGGAGGGACAUUCAGUGCAGCGGACAUCUCUCCAGCCCCCGAAAGGUCCUUCCAGGAUGGGGCCCCGGCCAGAGGAUGACUGGGACUGGUCUGACACCGAGAGCUCAGAGGGGAGUGCCCGGCCCCCUGACAAAGGCUCAGGUGGGCUGGCUUCCUCAGGAACACUGGUGCAGUCACUGGUCAAAAACCUUGAGAAGCAGCUAGAGACUCCAGUGAAGAAGCCUGCUGGAGGGGUCAGUCUGUUCUUAAUGCCCAGCGCUGGGCCGCAGAGGGCUGCCGUGCCAGGAAGGAAGCCUCAGCUUUCUGAUGAUGAGAGUGACUUGGAGAUCUCUUCCUUGGAGGAUCUCCCCCAGGACCUGGGCCAGAGAGAAAAACCGAAGCCUCUGUCUCGCUCAAAGCCGCCGGAGAAGUUUGGCACCAGUCCGUGGAGCCCUGGCCGAUCCAGGGUCACUGGUUGGUGAUCCUGCCCCAGAGCCUG